UGACGAAUCACAUGCGUUGCUUAGAUGGCACGAUACUGGCUGCGAUUAGCAGAAGAAACCUUUGUCCCUUAACUCAAUUAAACUGCCUUCCCUGAGCACAGGACGGUCGCUAGACAGAGGCGUAGCAGCUCUGCUUUAAGAAGACCCUUAAGAAAAAUGAAUCCAUCCGCUCCUGGCUUUCAGGGGGCCCAGCCUCCUCCUUACUCCGAGACAACCGGCUUCCAUUCUUCUGCUCCAUACCCCCAGCCCUAUCCCAUCCCGGGGCCUAGACCUGGACCAACUAUGAAAGGCCAACAAGCGCCACCAUAUGGCAUGCAACCUGGAGUCAUAGGAGGUCACCCGCCAGUUGCUGUUCAGACGGUUUACGUCCAGGCACCACUGGUCUUCCACGACCGUCCCGUCCAGAUGAUCUGCCCUGCGUGUCAAAAAACCAUUUUGACGCGCCUCUCGCACAACUCUGGGGCGCUGACCUGGCUGGCUUGUGGUGGCCUCUUCCUGGUGGGGUGUGUCUUCGGCUGCUGCCUCAUCCCCUUUUGCGUGGAUUCGCUUCAAGACGUCGACCACUACUGUCCCAGCUGCAAUGCUCUCGUCGGCACCUACAGGCGUCUCUGAGCAACGUUAGCCCCGUGCUUUUUUAAAUAUAUACUUUUUUUCUUUUCCGGAGUUCAUGGAAAUGAUUUUUUUCGCUGUGCCUUUUUUUUGCCUCUGAAUAUUUGGGUGCAAGAAGACCAACCUUUGGCCAAGAAGUGAGAUGCACCUUUCCAGCCUCACGUCCAACAUGUGCAUGUGCUUUCCUGCAAAAAGCAUGCCUUGCACCGUCCACGGAAAAGUGCCGAACUGGUGCAGAGUCUUAAUGCAUCUUUGCGCUUUGGCACUGUCCCCCAUUCUCCUCCUUUUUUGACAUUGAGAGGAAGCGUUGCAAUUGGAAACCUCAAUGAUAUUUCUCUGUUUGUGUGUGCAAAUUGCUAAGGCCUUUUUAUGCAGCCCGAAGAGACACUUGGUUCCAAAAUUCUCUCUCCCUGUGGGAUGUUGAUGAGAUCCCUGUUUAAAAAUCCCGUUUUUAAAAGGUUGCUUCUAACAAAAUGAGGCACUUCAGGGCUUCUGCAGCAACUGAUUUCAAGUUGGUGGCCAGGUUUUUUAAAUUUUAUUUUGCAGGGGUCCUCAGAACCUCAGGUUGCCUCUUCAACUUCAGAGACCGCCUGGUAGGUCCCUUGUUUGCUACCUGAACCUGGGUCUCCAAAAUCUGUUUUUGUAUUCAUUUGGAGCUUUAUAUAAGUCCUUCACCAAGAACAUUGGCAAGAGAUUUCCGAAGAAUUUUUAAAUUACUGCCGAGAAGUAAAUGUGAGGAAAUGGGUUCCAGGCCUAGAAUUUUGCCUUUCUGACCAAAAUGAUCAUCUUUCUGCUACAAAUCAAAGAUCUCAGAGGGCUGAGUGCCUCAGAUCCUUCCCUCCUCUUUACAUGUUUGGCUAGAACAGGACCAGUUUCUGAUGUAUCCAUAGAGUGUAGAGCAAAUUCUAAGGAAAAUAAUGUCCAAAUAGAUUAUUUAGAUAAACCAGUACUGUGAAUGUUGAGGCUAGAUUCUGUUGGGGUAGCUAUCGCAAAUUUCCUGCCCCAGUGACGCGACAGGAAAAAACCUCUGCUUUCCUUUCAUCCCCACGGGCAAGUUGCAGGCCAGGUGAGCAGCUGCCAAACGAGUUCAUCGCAAGCGCCCUUUGGAAGCAGUUGCAACAAUGAUGGAGAUACUUGAAACCUACUUCUAUUCUGAACUAAAAGUACAACGCA